AAAGUGAAGAAACUUCAUCAUUGGCAGCCUUCCUCAUUCUUCCAUUUCUCUUUUUCCCAAUAACAACCAAGAGGAAAAAGGGACAAUCUGCAUGUAGACCUUCAAAAGUUGAAGUCAGGGAUAGUUUUAUCACUCAUUUAAGGUCGCAUUCUGAAGUUAAGGAGACUAUUACAAGACGUAAAGAAAAAGAAACUGGUAUUUACGUCAAUACUGAUGUUUUCAAAGGAAUCUUAAAAUUUGAGUUAGGUGUUCUUGUUGGUGAUAAUCUUGGAAUACAUAGUAUUACUGGAUUUGUUGAAAGUUUUUCUUCAAAUUACCCAUGUCGAGUAUGUAAAAUGAGAAAAGAUGAAAUAAAAAAACAGUGUUAUGUUGAUAAAACAAUGUUGAGAACUGUAGAGCAAUAUUACUUUGAUGUAAUUGAGGGAAAUGUUUCAGAUAGUGGAAUUAAAGAAGGUUGUGUUUGGAAUAAUGUGCAAGGUUUUAAUGUAUUAGAUCAAGUUGGAAUGGAUGUCAUGCAUGAUAUAUUAGAAGGGGUAGGGAAAUAUGACUUGGCGUUUUUAAUACUUUACUAUGUUGAAGACUUGAAACUUUUUUCUUUACAAGUUCUGAAUGAGAGAUUAGUAUGUUUUGACUUUGGCCCUGAUAAAGGUAGUAAACCAUCUGUUCUAAAUAUAGACUAUAUUCGAAAACACUCUAUAAGACUUUCUGCAUCUGAAAUGCUGACUUUAAUUCGUUAUUUUGGUUUGAUUAUUGGUGAUUUUGUACCUCGAAAUGAUCCUAUUUGGUGCCUGUAUAUUUCUCUGAGACACAUUGUUGAUAUAGUUUUGUCUACAUCGAUACAAAAAGAUUGUUGUGUACUACUUAAAACUCUUGUUUCAGAACAUAAUAACUUGUAUAUAAAAUAUAGUAAACUUGAUUUAAAGCCAAAAUAUCAUUUUAUGCAACAUUACCAUACUAUCAUUGAACAGUUAGGCCCUCUAGUUCAUUUAUGGAGUAUGAGAUUUGAAGCGAAGCAUAGAAUCUUUAAAACAGUAGCCAAUACUACCAGCAAUAGGCGCAAUAUUUGCAUGAGUCUAGCUAUUAAACAUCAACUACAAUUGAAUAACAUGUUCCUUAAAGGCACAUUAAGUAAUGACAUAGAAUCUAGUCCUUCUAAUAAACUAAUAUGUGACAGUGAUGUUAAAAACAUUAAAAACUUUCUGGAAAUUGACUCAUUUGAUUCCUUAGUUUGUUGUUCAUGGAUUUCUAUCAAAGGCACAAAGUAUAAACAUAAAAUGAUCCUUACUCUAGACAUUAAUGAGAAUAGUCUCCCCAAGUUUGGUGUCAUAGAUGCUAUUUAUCUUUGUAAUAAUAGA